AUGACCUCGCUUGCUGCAGCCAGGAAUGUGGGCCGGCUACAUGCCAGGAGUAUGGGAGCCAGCGCUGUUGCUGAAGGCAGUCGCUCUGUCUCGUCGACUGCAAAAUCUCCAGCUGCCCCAGCGUGAGUAGACUUCAACUACCUUUCCAAGUUCUGAUGAGGUCCCCUUGACUGAUGUCUUGCCUCGAAUGAACAGCUAUGAUGCCGAUUCAUCUGUCCUUGGACCGAGCUCAUCCGCCAAACGAUUCGAGUCGCCUGCAGGGAGGCUGUCAGGGAAGCCCACUGGUAGACCCGACCCAAAUUCCCUGCCAUCGCCGUUCGAAGCUGCCAAGGUCCAUCCGCGGACACAUGGGCAUCACGUAGCCUCACUACAUCUCAGGGUGUACGGAUCACCCGCAACGCUCGAGAACUUGGACUUCUUUGCAGACUUCGCGUUGCGCUCAGCGUAUGCUCUAGGAAUGCCAUGCACCAGACCUGCAAUGCUUCCUACUACAAUGAGCCUUUGGACAGUGCCAAAGGGACCAUUCGUCCACAAAAAAAGCCAGGAAAAUUUUACGAGGCACACUCACUCCAGAGUGCUCAAGGUUUACGAUUCGCAUCCUGAAGUGGUGGACAGAUGGCUGCAAUGGUGUCGCAUACACGGCAUGGCUGGCGUUGGACAAAGAGCGGAGGUGUUUCGGUAAGUAGCAAGCAGCAUAGACUGAGAUUUCGCAUCCUUGUGCUGAUCAGUGGACCGCAUACCGUCGCAGACACCACCCUAUCACUCUCGGCCAAGAUAUGGCAGACUCUGCUCUACGCCAAUUGACUGGACGAGAUGUACCGCCCCCGUCGAACGAGCAUGCACAGCAGGCCGAGGCUGACUUCAUGCAAGACACGGAAACAUCAGAGGGCAACAUCAAACGUCUAGCUAAGCAAGUUCGGCAAGACUUGGACAAAGCCGACGAGGAAGGCCGCAAAGCUUUGGAGGUCGAGCGGGCUGCACUGGGCAACGCAGGUGGAUUGUCAGCAACCGAGCAGACAUUUGCGAGCUCCGCGGACGAGCCCCAAAGUACGGGUGCUUCGCUGGGUCUGCAGCCUAAUGCUGUCGAGAUCGAGGCGAAGGAGGAGAUGGCGGACAGCAAUGUCGAGGCGCUAUCUGUGAAUGAGCAAAGUGUUCAAGCCGAAGCUCAGGCUUUCGCUGCGGCAGCUUCCACCCCUGCAGCGACCAGUGGCCAGUUGGAACAGGAUCAAGAAAGAAGCACUCCUGCCCAAGUCGAAGGUCAGGAGGCCGCUCAGGAAACAGAGGCAGCGGACUCGACACCACAACUCUCGCAGCGUGGUGCGCACUUGUCUCCUGCUGCAAAACCAGCGCAGCAAAGGCAGCCCGCCGCGGGAACGGCACCAAAGCAGCCCAAGGGCGCAAAUGCAACCGCAAAGUCCGGAUCCGAGGCAGAAAGUCAGAUUGAGAAGCAGGUCGAAGUGGCGGAGGAACAAGCAAAGGCUGAUACUAGCGCGACGAAACAAGAAGAGCUGGAAAUGGAGAAGGCGAAGGCGGAAGGGCAUAAGCAGGACCGAUGA